AUUAAUGUCAUUGUUAACAGAAAAAAUGGCAUAAUAAAUAGCAAUUCUCGGAUAAAUUUUUCAUGGACUAGGACUAAGCAUAAUGUUUGUAUAGUUAAAUUCUUAUUAUACGAAGUCUGCAGAAGUAUCAAAUUAGUGGAACAUUUUUCAGAUGACUACAACAUCAGCAUAGAAAUCGCAGAUAAAAGCUCAAAGCUAAAAUGACAGACACACGAGAUUAUCAUCAUCACCCAUCCAGUGUAUUUUCAACAGACACUAUGAAAUUGACCAGUAGCGCCUCUGAACAAAACGUGUACUUUACAUACGUGUGUCUUGUCAACGACAUCAAGCCAAGUGGAAACCUAACAUCUAACUUUAAAACUUGUGACAAGUUAUCUGCUGCUGAUGUUUCUUCUACGUUAAAUGCAGAGGUAAAUCAAGAAGAGCAAACAAUUCAAGUAGAAAGAUCAAAAGCACUUCAUGAACUAUUGAAUAUUGAAUCCUACAAGAAAGCCGAUUUAGGUGAAGAAAUCGGAGAACGUAACGACGCUGAAUCAUCCAAACAACCAACCACAUCAGGAGAAGAUAGCGAGCUAUCUGAGAACGAUGAAAAUAAUUUCCUUCCCUGCGACAACCCCAAUGUCUUAAAACUAACGAAAAUGAAGUGGCUCUCUGAAGAUCAGGAAGAUGGCCACAAUUCUAGUUCACCAUCGGUAUCACCAGUCUCAUCAAGUUCUAACUGCAGUAAAAUUUCUGAGGAAGACCUCAAAGAAAGGAACGAGAUGGAAGAUAAAUAUUUGUCGACUAUACUGCGAUUAGACAAAGAACACAAUAUGUUUGGAUUGUCUAACAUAGCCAUCGUUGGAGCCAAACAAUCGAAGAUUAAACGUAAAGACGACGAAAAGGCUGUGUUCCAUCAAACAGCUAUAGUUCAAGUAUGCUGUGGUAAAAGUUGCUGCAAGCAUAAGAGCAACACCGAUUUGCCCGCAUCUUUAAAGUGCGGUACUUGCCCAAGAGGACGGUGUUCUUGCAAGUACUCGCGCCCGACCUCCAGAUGCGCGAUUGAUUGCAAUAAUUGUUAUGGCUUAAAGAUCAAAGUAAAUCGGAAACCAAAAUUCGAUGACCCAGUUGUAGAAUUAACUCCUCGUUCUAGCUGUGUUUUGCAUAAGCCAAUGGCAGCUAGAUCUUGCCAUCAUCUGCCGCAAUGCAUACCACCGUCUUCUUGCUUUCCUUACCUGAUGCCGUGCUACUGGCCGUCUCGACCUUCUGCCCCUUGUGCCACACCAACCCACUGCUUCCAUAAUCCUCCAUGUCCACCUGCCAAGAAACGACAGAGAGUUCCUGUCCCUCCUGAAUACAUUUGCCCUGAAAAAUGUGUGGAUGACGCCAAAAACACGAAAUGUCCCAAUGAUCAAUGCCCUGGGAACAAUCCCCUUAUGAGAUCAAUAAUUGAAAAAAGAUUUAAAGAAGUCAAGGAAUAAUGGUGAAACCAAACUCCAAAUUAAAAUGUCGUCGUUGUUUCGAUAACCAACACAACGACAAUGAUUCUCAGAAAACGAUAGAACAUCUUGAUAAUGCUAUUUGUAAUAAUAAAAACAAGAAGAUUAAGAAACGCAAGUACUCAAUUAUCGACUGCGAAUGUUCGAUGCCUGGAUGCGCCAGUUGCUUCGUGAGGAGACCUAAGCGAAAAAAUGAACAUCAUAGAAAACCUUAGUUCAGAAAAAAAUUGCAUU